CAGAGGGAACGGGAGGGAAGAAGGAGGCCAAAGUAGUGACAAAAGGGAGACUGGGGCCCGCUUUCAUGGAAGGAAUCAAGUCAUCAACACAGCUAGCAGCCUUGAUAUUCUUAUUGUAAUUAUAUAUAGUAUGUGGGGAAGUGACAGCGAGAGUGAGAAGGCAGAGGGGGGGAGAAGGAAGAAGGCGGGGGGAGACAGGCAGAGAUAGAAAGAAAGAGCUGCUGCCCCUUCGCUUCUCCCUUCUACUACUGUCUGGAGCAUGGCGGCAGACGAGCCCUCUCUCACUAGAUGGUCCUUCCAGGAUUUUGAAUUUUUCUAUGAUGCCAAAUUCGGCCUGAAGAGAGAAGAAGAUUCGGCGCAAGAUGAGAGAGAAAAUCAAGCUAAUUGUGGGGCAUCUGAAAACGGUUACACAAAUGGAACAGCCCAAGAAGAUGGGCACGUGAAGAAUUCAUUUGAUAUGGCAAGCUAUGAACAAUUUCAGGGCUCACAACAGCUUCCCAGUGGUCUUCCAACUAGAUCAGAAACACUACCAAAAUCACUACUUCCAGCUUAUGAGUCUGCUGAAAUGCGUACACUAGCCGAGAGUCUCACCAGGGAUAUCAUCCGUGGGAGCCCAGAUGUAAAGUGGGAGAGCAUCAAAGGCUUGGAGACAGCAAAACGUCUACUGAAAGAAGCUGUUGUCAUGCCUAUUAAGUAUCCUAAGUACUUCACUGGUCUUUUAUCGCCAUGGAAAGGAAUUCUGCUUUUUGGUCCUCCAGGAACUGGGAAGACUAUGCUUGCUAAGGCUGUUGCAACAGAAUGUAAAACUACAUUCUUCAAUAUAUCUGCAUCAUCUGUUGUCAGCAAAUGGCGUGGUGAUUCCGAGAAGUUGAUAAAAGUGUUGUUUGAGCUUGCAAGGCACCACGCACCAUCAACAAUAUUUCUUGAUGAAAUUGAUGCUAUAAUUAGUCAACGUGGUGAUGGACGUAGUGAGCAUGAGGCUAGUCGGCGGCUCAAGACCGAGUUGCUGAUACAGAUGGAUGGCCUGAUGAGGACAAAUGAAUUAGUUUUUGUCUUAGCUGCAACAAACUUGCCCUGGGAGUUAGAUGCUGCUAUGCUUCGGCGCCUUGAGAAACGUAUUCUUGUUCCUCUACCUGAACCUGAAGCAAGAAGAGCUAUGUUUGAAGAACUAUUGCCAGCUACUGGUGACACCGACCUUCCUUACGAUUUUCUGGUUGAGAGAACAGAAGGUUAUUCUGGAUCAGACAUCCGCCUAGUCUGCAAAGAGGCUGCUAUGCAACCGCUCAGACGUCUAAUGGCUGUUCUAGAAGAAACAAGUCAUACAUUGGGAGAAGAUCCAGAAGUUGGUCCUGUAAUUCGAGAGGAUGUAGAACUGGCUUUGAGGAACACCAGACCAUCAGCUCACCUCCACGCGCAUCGAUAUGAAAAGUUCAAUGAUGAUUAUGGGACUCAACUUCUAGUCAUCUAAUUUUCGUUUUCCUUUUUUAUUGUGUGCACAGUUUUUCUUUCAGUUUUCCUGUUGAGAACCAUAAAGGGGAAAAGGAAAGAAAGACCUUGUGAGAUAUAAUGAAGCGUAAAAUGGUUUAUUA